AUGGUUGGAGUAUAUCGAAAACUUCGAGGAGAAGAAAGAGUCGAAGAAGAAUCGAGAUACCGUGCGGAAGCGGAAUCGGAAGCAGGUUUUAUUCAAGUUUUGGAGGAAGGACGAGCCGCUAUGGUAGAGCUGCAGUCUCAGGAAGAUAUAAUUCGAUCAGCAUUACUAAGAAUGGAUGCCAAUUCUCUACCUGCGGAGAAUUCGGAAAAUGGAUCGCCAACACCAGUGAUGUGCAAUGGUGUACAAAAUGUACGAUUACCGAAAAUCGAGCUAAAACCUUUUAUGGGUGAUCCAAAAGAUUGGCCUCAGUUCUGA